GUCAAUAGUUGAAUUCGACCGUCCAAAUCAGGUGGUUAAGAUCGUCCCACCAAUAUGAUUUUCCAGAUAGACACUAUGCACCGUGGGGCUGAUGAUACAGACCAUCGAAUCGCCGUACAUGUGUUGCAUAUACGGUGGAUAAAUCACAACCAUUUUGAAAAUGGUGGUAAACACACACAAUCCCCUACGCCAAGAGACAAUGUGGUGUGUUUUCUACUGUUUGAAUUUUUUAUUUUUUGUUCAUUGUUUAUUUAAAUAGUUUUCUUUUUUCUUUUUUAUAUUAUAUAUCUUGUUGGGAUGGAUUGAAGCAAAAGGACCCAUCUCCAAUCCAUGGAGAGAGAUGGCAUGAAUAUGAAAGAUGGUUUUGGUAGAAACCCUGCAGAACCCAAGUUCAAAGAUCCAUGGGACUACAACCACAGAUACCUUGGUGGCUUCUCAUGGCCCCCAAGGUCCUAUACAUGUACCUUUUGCAAGAGAGAGUUUAGGUCAGCUCAAGCUCUUGGGGGCCACAUGAAUGUCCAUAGAAGAGAUAGAGCUAGGUUGAGACAAUCACCCCCUAGGGUUGCCCAAACCUCUAACCCUAACCCUAACCCUAACCCCAACACCCCAAACAACCCUAACCCUAAUUCUUCAUCAUCUACUAGGCCUACUCCAAUCACUUAUGCAUUCCCCACCUUGGUUUCUUCUUCUUCUUCUCUUGUUGGCUUUUCAUCAUCAUCACCAUCCACUUCUUCUUCUAGCGACGCCAAGAUAUCAGAAAUGGCAGCCAAAGUGCCUGUGGUAGGCCCGACGAAGACGAAGGAGGUGGUGAGAGACUUGUUUGAUGGGAAGGAUGGAGAUAGUGUGUUGGAGAAAAGAGAGGUUGUUAGAUUGGAUUUGGAGAUUGGUUUGUGUAGGGACCCAAAGAUCGAUGAUUUGGAUUUGGAACUUCGACUUGGGUACUCUUGAUUUGCACCCUUUAGAGCUUUGGAUGUGUGGAGUAUUUUCUCAUGUUUGAUGGGUUGUUUAGGUUGUUGCACUCCUUUGUUAUACAUGUGAAAUGCAUGUAUGCUUGCUAGCAUGGUAUGGUAGUUUUGCGCCAGAGAUCGUCGACGGUGAGGAUGACUUGACUUCUAGAAUGUUCUAUGGAUGAAUGAAAGGUAAGGAUGAUGAAGUUUAAUGGUCCAUUGAUGAAUUUAAACUCCAUUAAAUUCUUAUGUUCUCUCUUGCUAUG